GCUAGUUGCUACCUGCCACCUAUCCUCCGCCACUUCACGUUCGCCUUUUGUCUUGUCCUAUGCGGACGCUGGAGCCGAAUUGCCGUCCGCCAGACAUAUAAUACCCCUUUCUUUCUGCAGGCCUCGUGUUAGUCACAGCUAGACUCCAGAACCAACAGAGCCACAAAAUUCCUAUUCAAUUCACUUUCGGAUCAACCUUUUGAUUCCCCCUUCUUAAUUACUUAUAUACUCUUGUACUAAUCUUUUUUUAUGGGCUUGUGUGUAAUCCACUAACAACCGCAAAAAAGCUGAAGGCCGAACCCCGUUUCAUCUCUCUCACUCGAUUGCCUACAAAGAGUCGGAAAUCCCUUCGCUUUUCGCCUCUGUCCUCGUUCCUUCCUUACAUUCUCCGUUGGGUUGGCUCUGGUUGGCCGAUUUCUGUUACCCCUUUGAGAAUUUCGGAUUCGGAUUGUUUCUCUGGGGCGAUCUGGUUGUCCUUUGUUUUCUUGAUCUGUUCUCUGUGAAGGGUGAGGGAAAGGGGAUAAUGGGGACUUUGAGGGCGAUUCUGAAGCACCCAGAUGAUGUUUACCCGCUAUUGAAGCUCAAAAUGGCGGCGAGGAGCGCCGAGAAGCAGAUCCCGCCGCAGCCUCAUUGGGGAUUCUGUUACACAAUGCUUCACAAGGUGUCUCGUAGCUUUGCUCUUGUGAUUCAACAGCUGGGAACCGAGCUCCGUGACGCUGUAUGCAUCUUCUACUUGGUUCUUCGAGCCCUUGACACAGUUGAGGAUGAUACAAGCAUAGCUACAGAUAUAAAGGUGCCUAUUCUGAAUGCUUUUCACCGUCACAUAUAUGACAAGGAGUGGCACUUUUCAUGUGGUACGAAGGAGUAUAAAGUUCUGAUGGACGAGUUUCACCAUGUUUCGACUGCGUUCCUAGAGCUGGGAAAAGGCUAUCAGGAGGCGAUCGAGGAUAUCACCCAAAGAAUGGGUGCUGGUAUGGCAAAAUUUAUCUGCAAAGAGGUGGAAACAGUUGAUGACUACGAUGAGUAUUGCCACUAUGUAGCAGGACUUGUGGGACUAGGACUGUCAAAGCUUUUCCAUGCUUCAGGAAAGGAAGAUUUACAACCAGACAGCCUGUCCAAUUCAAUGGGAUUAUUUCUUCAGAAAACAAACAUCAUUCGAGAUUAUUUGGAAGAUAUAAAUGAGAUACCUAAGUCGCGCAUGUUUUGGCCUCGUGAAAUCUGGAGCAAGUAUGUUGACAAACUUGAGGACUUGAAGUACGAAGAAAAUUCAGUGAAGGCAGUGCAAUGUUUGAAUGAUAUGGUCACCAAUGCAUUGAUACACAUGGAUGACUGUGUGAAGUACAUGUCUGAUCUUAGAGAUCCUGCUAUAUUUCGGUUUUGUGCCAUUCCUCAGAUAAUGGCAAUUGGAACUCUGGCAAUGUGCUAUAACAACAUCGAAGUCUUCAGAGGAGUUGUGAAGAUGAGGCGUGGUCUUACUGCUAAAAUUAUUAAUGGCACAAAAACCAUGGCUGAUGUUUAUGGGGCUUUCUAUGACUUCUCUUGUAUGCUGAAGUCUAAGGUUGACAAGAGUGAUCCAAAUGCAUCAACAACAUUAAGCAGAUUGGAAGCUAUCCAAAAGACCUGCCGAGAAUCUGGAUCUCUCACCAAAAGGAACUCUUACAUUCUGGAGAGCAAGAAGCAGCACAAUCUCUUCCUGACUGUUGUGCUUAUCAUUAUCCUAGCCAUCAUCUUCGCUCGUCUGACCGGCACCAACCCAGCCAACUAGGAUGGACCAGGUCCGCGAAGCCGCAAAUGGCUGCCUGUAUUAUUUUCUUGUUCAUGGAAGCUUUAAUGGCUUAUGUGUUUGUAAACUUUUGGCCAUAUCAUAUGGCAGUGCUUGACCUUUAAAUACAUGAAUGAAUGAACAAAUUAGUGUUAAAUGUUUAUUAUCGUGGAGAAUGAAUUAACAAUCCUAUUCACAAGUUCGAUCAAUUCAAUUACUUUUGUUAUGUUGAUUACUUAGAA